AUGGAAGCGGUUCUUCGCAAGGUGGAAAAGCUCAAACAGAACUUCCGGCACAGCGGCGGUGGCUCAAAGUUUUUCAACACCGCGUGGCGCGGAGAGGGAACGGCGCUGCAACAUGAGCUUAACAGCAAUGAUAAGUCGCGCCAAAAGAACGCCGUGAAACGCAUUAUCGCCGGAAUGACGAUGGGCCGUGACGUGAGCCAUCUCUUCAUGGAUGUCGUGAAACUCGGGCAGACGACAAAUCUUGAGCUUAAGAAGUUGGUUUACCUAUACGUUCUCAGUAACGCGAAGCUGCAGCCUGGGAAGGCUCUCAUGGCGGUCAACACAUUUCUUCAAGACACAACCAACCCUUCACCAGUCGUGCGGGCGCUCGCCGUGCGAACGAUGAUGUGCGUGCGUGUGGAUUCCGUGACGGAGUAUACACUGGAGCCCCUCCGUCGCGCUGUCAAUGACUUGGAUCCGUAUGUUCGCAAGAACGCAGUCAUUGGUAUAGGAAAGCUGUUCCACAACAGCAGACAAUUAUACGAGGAUCAGGGCUUCAGCACGGAGCUUCUAAAAUUGCUGACUGAUAAAGCUGCCGUUGUUGUCUCCAAUGCGGCCGCCGUGGUGAUGGAGGUCAACAGCAACGGCGGGACUCCAAUUGUGUUGGAGCGUCACCACAUUAUGCACUUGCUGGACCAGAUACCUGGAACCACAGAGUGGGGGCAACUCAACAUCUUGGAGCUUGUUUCUUGCACCCGGCCGGGCGACGAUAGAUUUGCAGAGGAUGUUGUCUCGCGCGUUAUGCUGCAGACCAAUCACACAAACCAGUCUGUUGUCAUGGGAGCCAUCAAAGUCAUCAUCAACUACUUACCUCACUGUGGUCAAAGCACAGUAAAUGAGGUUGGCGUGCGGAUUAACUCAGCCCUCGUGACACUGUCGAGAGGCGAUCCCGAGGCACAGUACGUUGUGUGCAAGAACAUUCACGCCCUGCUUGUCAUAUUCCCUAACCUUCUGAUUAACAACCUGGAUUCCUUCUACGUUCGCUUCUCGGACCCACCAUACGUAAAGCUGGAGAAGUUGCGACUCCUGCUCAAGCUCGUCAGCAAUUCCUCAGCAAAUGGCAUCCUGAAAGAGCUGGAGGAAUACAGCACCGAGGUGGAUCCAUUCUUUGUCGAGGAGGUGGUGAAGGGAAUAGCCGAGCUCGCACUUAAGAUUGACUCAGUUGCGCAGAGCUGUGUGGCUCUGUUGCUGCGUAUUGUUAAAAACCGCCCCGAGUUGCUGCCACAGGUGGUGACAAGCUGCAAAAAUAUCACCCGCAAGUACCCAAAGUUGCUUGUGCUGGGCACUCUAAUCUCGGAGUGCGGGGCGGACGGCGUAGUGGAAGAGGAGGCGAAAGUGUCACUCAUUUGGAUGUUGGGUGAGUUCUGUGAAUUUGUUGAAAACGGGAUGGACAUCAUUCGAAAAUACAUUGAGGAACUCAUGCUGCAUGAGCCACCAGUUCAAUUGAGUAUCCUUAGUGCCGUUAUCAAGAUGUUUUUGCGCGAUCCUCAGGGAAUGGAGCCGACCCUCAACACUGUGCUUGACGCACUGACAACACAAAGCAGUGACCCCGAUAUACGCGAUCGCGCCUAUGCAUACUGGCGGCUGCUUUCCAAAGGUAUUGGCGUGGCCAAGAUGAAAGAGAUCGUCCAUGGACACCAUGCUGCAGUUGCCGUGGAGUCCACAUUCAGCGAUGCUAUGACAAUGGGAGAUUUAUUAAAGUCUAUCAACACAGCUGCAGCGGUAUUCGCAAGACCCGCCCAGUCGUUUCUCCCACCCUACGGCUUCGUCACUGAGGACGGUAGCGAUGAAGAAGAGGAAGAUGAAGAAGCGGAGCCGCAGUCCAGUGAGCCACAGGUGGGAAGCACCGAAGCUGCGCAACCGUCUCUCUUCGAUUUCGGCCCACCAGCGGCAUCGCAGUUGCCGGCGGGACCAAAUAAUGCAGCAGCGGGAGCAGCUGCAACCAGCCAUAGGGAUCCCCUCGAAGACCUGCUCGGCGGCGGUCUGCCAGCGGUACCGCCAAAACCAGUCGUUCAACAGGCGUCAACUCUGGAUGAUUUGUUUUCAUGA